AUGUCUCUCGUCUUAAUUACCGGAGCAACAGGCUUUAUCGGCUCCCAGGUCGUCCUUCAGACACUGGAAGCCGGCCACAAUGUCCACCUCGUCGUCCGUCGCCCUGAGCAAGCCGACAAGCUGCGCCGGAUUUUCUCCAAAUACUACGAGAAACUAUCCUUCGCCGUUCUCCCCGAUAUCACCGCACCAGGCGGUUUUGAGGAGGCUCUCCAAGGCGUAGACUACGUUAUCCACGUGGCCUCACCCAUAGCUGGCUCGGGGGAGUCGGAUCUGCUUACCCCCGCCGUAAAGGGGACAGUCUCGGUACUAGAGUCGGCGGUGAAGGUUCCGAGUAUUCGGAAGGUGGUCAUCACGGCCUCGAUUCUGUCCAUCAUACCGUUAACACCACCUGCGGAUGGCGCUGUUGUGAAAGAGGAGAACGACUUCGACUUAACAUUCGACGCGGAAAGUCCCGCUGCCCUCUCACCAAUAGGCCAAUACCACGCGAGCAAAAUCGCCGCCCACAAGGCCGUGAUCGACUUCGUGGCAACCAACAACCCGUCUUUCGAUGUGGUGACCAUUCACCCCGUCCUCGUCUUCGGCCGCAGCCUCAUUCAAGAAACCGCCGAAGAACUAUCCGGUAGCAACGGGUUGCUCUUCCAAACGCUUAUGUCAGAGACUCCCUUUGGGAAACAAUUCCUCGGCGUACACGUUAGCGAUGUCGCCUCGGCGCAUGUCAGCGCCCUUACGAGAAGCUGUACCACCAUCAAGGGUAUACAGCCGUACCUUGUUUCGUCUAAAGCGCGCCCGUGGCACGAAGUGCAUGAUUUCGUGAAGAAUCGGUAUCCUGGUCUUGCUAUCAAGCUGCCUCCGUUGGAUACUUUAGGCUACGAUGUUGAUACAAGCAGGGCGCACCGAGAGCUAUGGAUUGAGUUUCGAGGCAUGGAGGUGCAGAUUGCGGACGUUUUGGAUCAGCAGUUGGAGUUAAGAGGAUAG